AUGGCGGACGGCAGCAAUACGGUGCAGGCCCGCGCGCUUCUGCAGCAGUGCCUGCACGCUCAUCUACAAGUGCGCCCGGCCGACGGGGACGCCGCGGCGCAGUGGGUGGAGAUCCAGAGAGGCCUAGUGAUCUAUGUGUGCUUCUUCAAGGGGGCGGACAAAGAGCUUCUUCCCAAGAUGGUUAAUACGCUGUUAAAUGUGAAAUUAAGUGAGACGGAAAACGGCAAGCACGUCUCCAUCCUGGACCUGCCCGGCGACGUCCUCAUUAUCCCUCAAGCCACCCUCGGGGGCAGGGUGAAGGGAAAAAACAUGCAGUAUCACGCUAACUCCGGGAAGGAGGAAGGCCUGGCACUGUACUCCCAGUUCGUGAGUCUGUGUGAGAAAGCCUUGGCCGCCAACAGCAAGUGUGCUGAAGCGGGGGUUGUAGUGGCGCAUGGCACUUACGGGAACAGGCAAGUGUUAAAGCUGGACACCAAUGGACCAUACACGCACCUAAUCGAGUUUUGAAAGACUCUCCACGACUGACGCCUGGUAUAAAAAGACCGGACUGUACUUAGGUUUGGUCCCCUUCCUCUUAAAGGCACAGAUCUGCAACAUGUUUAGGCAAGAAAAUCCUGCAUCCGAGCUGGACAUAGUGACACAUUCCUUUAAUCCCAUCCCAACACUCAGAGGCAGAGACAGCAGAUUUCGUCACUUGGAGGCCAUCCUGGUCUACCUAGCCAGUCAAGGACAGCCUUCCUCAAAAAAAUAAAGAAACUGGGAAAAUAAAUGAGUCAUUU